UUACUUGUUCUGAAUCGGUUGAGAUUUGCUUGGUAAAGUAGAUUUAAAAGAAGUUGGACUCAUUUUGUUGGAUCACAAAAUAUAAUGAACGGAGCGAUGGCCAUGGCACCAACAUCCCAGAAUAAUGUGGAACCUCCAAACAAGAAACCUAGAGUUGAAGAUGUUACAGCGGAGAGACAGUACAGAAUCUGUGGCCUACGACUGAGCUGUGAUCAUGAGCGUGCGCCAAACAAAGAAAGAGAACGCUACAUUCGUUGAACAGAACAAAUCAGAGUUUUGCAAACUCCCACUGACACAGCAUCUAUUGUCGAAUUUGUGCGUCGCCUCAAUCUCGGAUAGUAUGCGCACAACCAUCAUUGCUCAGCCCAGAACACGGUUAGCUGUAAAUCAAAUGAUUGAACAAAGCUAAUAGUAUUAAUUCGUGAAACUGCAAAAGUCAUAAAAGAGAAAAAGAAACGUUUCAACGUGUUCUGAUUUCUGUUUCAGAGACUAGCAGACCAAAUUGGUUAUGAUCAUACGAAACCUAAUCUAGUUAUUGGUAGUCUUUUUUCGGGGCUGAUAGUGUAAACAGUAAUGAAAUUUAAAUGUGAAAACUCUGUUAAUUGAAUAAUUGCAAUGAUUUCUCUUCAAUUUUGAUAUUGUUUUUAGCACACUCUUGACGUUAUUUCUCUUCCAAAAUAUAAAAUAACUUUUAUUUUAAUGGCGUGAAAAAAAAGAAGGAAAUGUAUUUCUAUUUCAAAAUACAUUUGUAUGAGUAUAUACAUUUUGGAGGACGAUCCUACCGCAGUGGGAAUUGCUGGAAUGCAUCAGAGUUCUUGCCCGGCCCUAUAUAUGAUCUCAAUCAAAUAAAACAAGUUGUUGCUGGACCCGGAGCUAAAUAUCUUACAUUACCUGGCAUUCUAGGUGCGGGUCUUCCAAAAAUUACAUCUGAACAACAGGAUACAGUAAAUAGAGCAAAAAAGUAUGCAAUGGAACAAAGCAUCAAAAUGGUUUUAAUGAAGCAGACUCUCGCGCAUCAACAGCAGCAAAUGGCUAGUCAACGGAAUCAGGUGCAGAGACAGCAGGCUCUCGCCCUCAUGUGCAGGGUAUAUGUGGGCAGCAUCAGUUUUGAAUUAAAAGAGGACACGAUUAGGCAAGCUUUCUUGCCUUUUGGUCCUAUAAAAUCAAUCAACAUGUCUUGGGAUCCAGUUACGCAGAAGCACAAAGGAUUCGCAUUCGUCGAAUACGAGAUACCUGAAGCAGCACAACUUGCUUUGGAACAAAUGAAUGGUGUCAUGAUUGGUGGACGUAACAUCAAGGUUGUGGGGCGUCCGUCGAAUAUGCCCCAAGCCCAGUCCGUUAUUGAUGAAAUUACGGAAGAAAGUAAACACUAUAAUCGAAUUUAUAUUGCGUCAAUCCAUCAAGAUUUAACCGAGGAUGAUAUUAAAUCCGUGUUUGAAGCGUUUGGACCGAUUACAUAUUGUAAAUUGGCACAAGGCAGUUCGCCCCAUCGACAUAAAGGUUAUGGUUUUAUUGAAUACGAAACAAUGCAGGCCGCGUUAGAAGCUAUCGCAUCAAUGAAUUUAUUUGACUUGGGUGGGCAAUACUUGCGAGUAGGCAGAGCUAUUACUCCACCAAAUGCUCUUAUGGGUCCGCCAAGUGGAACUAGUAUGAUGCCUACCGCUGCUGCGGUUGCAGCUGCAGCUGCAACUGCAAAAAUUCAAGCAAUGGAUGCUGUAGCUAGUAAUGCAGUUGCUCUUGGUUUGACCAAGCUUGGAGCAGCUGCCCCGCCAAUUUUGAAUCAAGCUUUGCCUGGUAUAGUAAGACCCACUAUUGCCCCAGCGACAAUGAUGGCACCGCCGACUAUAGCAACGGUAGCACCUGUUAUACCCCCGCCUGGUAUAGCUAUACCGCAAACUUUAACUCGGCCUCCUGCGAUAAUUCAACCGAUACCUGGGCAGCCAGUUGUUAUACCUCCUCCAGCUGUUGUAGCACCUACAAUAGUAGGAACUCCAGUCAUACCUGUUACAACUACGACGAACUCCGAUAUUAUGAGACGGGCACAAGAACAAGCAGCUCAUCAAAAACAACAGGAAGAAUUACAGAAGAAAUUGUUAGAGGAGACAGAACCCCAAACAUUACAGCAACAAGAAAAUAUGUCGAUCAAAGGACAAAGUGCGCGUCAUCUUGUUAUGCAGAAACUUAUGCGCAAAGUUGAAUCCCGUGUUGUUAUUUUACGAAACAUGGUAGCCCCAGAAGAUGUAGAUGAAAGUUUACAAGAAGAAAUUCAAGAUGAAUGUUCUAAAUUUGGAGUUGUAGAAAGAGUUAUUAUUUAUAAUGAGCGACAAUCGGAGGAUGAUGAAGAUGCAGAAGUUAUCGUAAAAAUAUUUGUUGAAUUUUCUCAAAUGAGUGAAGCGGAACGUGCAAGGGAUUCUUUGAAUGGUCGUUAUUUCGGUGGACGUUUAGUGAAGGGAGAACUAUAUGAUCAAGCUUUAUUUGAUAAUAGUGACUUUUCUGGUUGAUUAUAAGAUACUUAUUAUCUGUUGAAUUCGUCAGUUUCUUUUGAACAAAAGAAGUUAUACUUAUCGUUGAGUGAUAUUCCGUGCGUCUAAUCGAAAGUACAUAAUACAUUUUUUGAAAUUUCAACAAUUAUAGUCUAUCUUUUGACUAAGAAGUCUAGCUUUUAAUUUUUGUUUAUCUACACUUUUCUAGACUUUAAAUUAAUAGGUCAGUCAAAACUAUUAUCACUACUUAGUAAGAUAAUAGUUUUAAAAAAUCGUUUUAACACUUAGCCAACCGCGCACGUCACAGCGAGCUGUACGUUUCUCAACCGCGCUCGAACAAGUUAACCUAUACGCUGUUCAUCGCGCAUGUUUCCAAGUAUCAAGGACUAAUAUUCACUAUUUAAAAAACAAAGAAGUGUAAAAAUUAUUUAAGUAGUUAAUUAUAUUUUGCGGUAAUGAUUUUAUUUGGCGAUUUCACAUAUUGUUUAUACAAAACAUCAAAUUGAAAGCAUAUAUUAAAACUAUAUAUUAAAAGUAUAAAAAAAUAUAGGUAAACUUAAAAACAUUAAAGCUGAUUAACCCUUUCGCUAUGGGCGGCUUCUCCGCCGCGGCAUUCCCGUUGAACGAGUCGCCGCGUCAAAACAGAGCACGGUGCGCGAGAGAGAUCAUCAGCAGCCGCGUUUACAUCUCACUGCAAACCGAGCUGCUCUGACGGUGUUUUUCGAAGAAAAAAAAUUUCCCUCAAAACAGAGUAUUUAUAACUUCUUAACACACUCACUUUUAAUUACAAUUUGGUAACAAAUAAUAUUAUAGAAUAUAAUAAUAUAAUAUAAUAUAAUAUAAUAUAACAUGAUAUGAUACUAAUAGCUUUUAAUAAUGGUAUUGCGUGCGGUAUUUUUCGAAACAUGGUGUUACACAUUGGCCAACAUCGCAAAUCUGGCACUGGUAUCGCGAUUCGCUCCACAGUUUCCAUCAAUCGAUUAUAAUUGAAAACACACUUCGGCUUUUUUUUUUAAAUCAUUUUCUGCGUGCGAUAAUGACGUUUCGAAACUCUUCAUUGUGGAAAGAGGACAACAUAUACACUGCCCUCUUGUCACACCGUUUUAUUGUUAAUAAAAGGCUUGAGGAUGUACAAUACUUGUUUUAUGUAUAAUACGCGGCAUCUUACGCAGAGUGACUAUAGUCGCCCGCAGUACGUCAGUGGCAUCUUACGCAGAGCGAUUGUAGUCGCCCGUAGUAUGUCAGUGGCAUUUUACGGAGAGCGACUGUAGUCGCCCGUAGUAGCGAAAGGGUUAAAAAUAAAUAACACAACUUGAACGUGAAAUUAAAAAUUCAUAAUGCAUUUUAAUAUUUUUUCACAAUGUAGUAUCGUUCGAUUAUAACUUUAUGUAGUCAUAACGGUUACUGUGACUUUUUAAUUAAUUUUAAUACCACUAAAUUGGUGUAUUUUAUUAUAUACUGUAUUUUAUAAAAGCAGAAAAAAUGGCGUAAUUAAUUGGGAACAAUUCCAGGUAAAUAAUAACUAAUAAUAACAAAAAAAAAAAAGAGAAAACGCGUUGCAAAAGUCAGAAAGAGAGAUCUUCCCGUUCGGUCACGCAGAUUCUCCCUAUUCGGUUGGCUAAAUGUUAAAGUAUAAGUUGGAAGUAACUAUUGAAUAGUUUUGCUCAAUGGAAGAUUUGCAGUUGGAUCACUAUUAUUAUUACUUCUGUAUAAAACGGAUAUUUUAUUUAAUUUCAGUAGCAGACUAAUUUUUGUUCAGAGAGGGUUAAUUUACAGAAGGAUAUAAGUACAUAUGCAAAAAAUAUAGGGUAUUAAUAAAUUGUUUUAUUCAUAGACUAUACACAAAUGAUAUACACAUAUAAAUUAUGUCAUACCACAAGUAUAUGUUAUAAUAAAGUUUGUACAUAUUUA